AUGAAAAAUGGACCACACCGAGCAUCAUUCAUGUGGGGAUCUUCUACCCAUAAUUCGCGAAUCGAGCGUUUGUGGGUUGAGGUGGGCACCCAGUUUGCUCGGAGAUGGAGAGCAUUUUUUACUCGACUUGAGAACUACCACAGGCUUCGCCCUGACAUCUCUAAUUGCUUGGAUUUCCAAGCGGAAUGGAAUUGUCAUCCAAUACGUGGUCCAGAUACAAAUGAUAAGAGUCCGAAGGAUUUACGUUUUUUGGGGCAAGUGCAAUUCGGCGUAUAUCGAGAUGACUGUGAAGGAAUUCAUCCUGACGUAAUUGAAGAAUAUUAUGGGGUCCAUGGCGAUACUGCAACUCGAAGACAACACCAGACCGGAGUGGGACAUCCCAUGGAUGAAGAAGACAGUGAUGAUGACGACGACGAGGAACCUCAAAACAUAGUACAGUCAAUCAAUGACCAGCAAAGGGACCAUGUCCACCAUGAAGCCAUCAGUGUUCCAUCACAAAGGAAACCUUUCGUUGAUGACAAAACACAUCAGCAAUUUGCUGCCGUUCUCGCCGAAGUUGUAGCCGAAGAUAUCACACCAUGCCAUUGCAGGCUGACCACGGACGAGUGGGAAAGUAAUGAAUACCCGAUUUUUGAGACUAUCCCCGUUGGUCGAUGUGGAUCCAAAGAAUUUCACGUCUCCCUUGCUGAAUCGAUAUGGUUUAAGCAAGCAAAGCUAUGGUGCCAAGCGUCAGUUGUAUUGUCAUAUUUUUUAGCCGCUGGUAGAGAGUGA